UUUCUUUGUUUCCCCCUGAUCUACUUUUAGAUCUAUCUUCAGAUCCACUGCUGGAAUUAAGAUUAUAAACUCGUUUCGGAGAUUUUCCAGCAAAGCAGGAGAACAAAGACUGAAGGGUUUCUUUGAAAGAGUCACUCAUCAUAAAAGCAGCAUAUUUUGUCUUUUGAGGUUUACCUCUCUAGCCAGCCAAAAUUCCCCCCAAACGCAGACAGCAGGACCGUCCUGCGCUUUCGCGGCUCGCUGGCAGGAAGGGACUGGUGGCAGCGGGGGUCCUGGGCAUCAUGAUGGUUCUGGUUUUGGUUGUCCUUAUUCCAGUUCUGGUGAGCUCAGCUGGAACAUUUACGCACUACGAGAUGCUCGGCGCUUGUAGGAUGGUGUGUGACCCAUACAGCACAACUACUCCAAGCAGCACCGGCGCUCCAGACGCGGUCCGGGACAACAGCCUCCUGCAGUCAUUGCCCACUUUUAUCCAGGGACCCAGAGGAGAACCGGGUCGUCCGGGUAAGGUGGGACCAAGGGGAGCUGCAGGUGAACCGGGACACCCCGGUCCAGCUGGGCCACCAGGAAAUAGAGGUGAACCGGGAAAACCUGGUUUACCAGGACCCCCGGGACCCAGCGCAGUUGCUGGCGCAAUCAGCGCCGCCACCUACAGCACUGUGCCAAAGAUCGCCUUUUACGCAGGACUGAAAAAGCAGCACGAAGGGUACGAAGUGCUCAAAUUUGACGACGUAGUGACCAAUUUGGGAAAUCAUUACGACCCAACUUCUGGAAAGUUCACGUGUUCCAUCCCUGGGAUUUAUUUCUUCACUUAUCACGUUCUGAUGCGUGGAGGAGAUGGGACCAGUAUGUGGGCGGAUCUUUGCAAAAACAAUCAGGUACGUGCCAGUGCCAUAGCCCAGGAUGCUGACCAAAAUUAUGACUAUGCCAGUAACAGCGCCGUAUUGCAUCUGGAGCCAGGAGACGAGAUCUACAUCAAACUAGAUGGAGGCAAAGCUCAUGGAGGCAACAACAACAAGUACAGCACCUUCUCUGGAUUUAUCAUUUAUGUUGAUUAGAUGCUGGCUUUACACACAACAGUUGUCAUAACGUUACUUUGCUGGUGAAACAGAAAAUAUAAUUCUCUCUCUGUAAACUAAAUCUUCUGAAUUUUGAAGAUAAAUUGUUAAAACUCUUCAUUUUAGUUGCUUUUGUGUUUUAAAAGAUAGUUGUGUUGAUGUAGAAAAAAUCUGAAACAUGCAGGGCAGAGAACACUGAAGUCCAGUACUGGAAAACACUGAGAUAACAUUACUGUCAGUCCUAUGAUUUGACAUGCUUUUUAGCAAAUAUGUAAAAGAAAUGAGUUGUAAACAAUAAUUCAAAUUUAAAUCAAUUAUUAAGAUACAAAGUAAAAUAUAUCACUGUCCCCUAAACAAGGUGUGUUACCAAAAAAACAAUGUACAUAUUGUUUCAGCUGCUAGAAUGUUUGUACAAAGUACAAGUUGAAAGAAAUGCUGGUAGAACUUCACAAUAAUUUGACAUGACAUAUCAAUUAAUGAGGAACUAAUCAUCAACUGUCUGAUGUUUCUCAAAUCAGAUCUAUUUUGUUGUCUUUUUCUUUAUGCAAACUAAAAGAAAUUUCUCUGUGAUCUCUAAGUAUAAACAUAUAAGUAUGGGGAAAACAUACAAAUAAUUAAAACAGUUAAGAUGUCUAAGUGCAACAAGUGAGAUAGAUAAUCUUAGCAUUAAGUUCAGCUAUUUAGAAAGAUGUCUGGCGGUCUGAUGAGGGCUUUGAGGAAUAUGAUGAAACUCACAACGUUGUUCCUGCAGCCACUCUCAAACAGAGAGGAGGGGCACGCCUUAGCUCCCCUCACUGUCCUCUGCAGGACAGAGGAAUGUCUGUGGUACUGCAGCUGCUGAAUGACUUUGAUGUUCAGUUUCUGUCAGGCUCUGCUGGUUGAUUUAAUCCCAGCAUUGUUUUUUUUUUUUUUUUUAAUUAGAACAGGUAAUCAAAGGUCUUCACUCUGCUGAACUUUCUGCUAACACUCAAUGACUCGAUGCAGUUUACUGGGUUUCCAUAGAUAGAUAGAUAGAUUGAUAGAUUGAUUGAUUGAUUGAUUGAUUGAUUGAUUGAACUUACCUGCACUGACAGCUGGGAGAGGAUGUACUUGACUUGGAAUCUGUCAAUAAUUGCAUUAACCCUCUUGAGACAAUUGUUCUGUCACUAUAUAAAUUAACUAAAUUGGAAUUAAAUGAAUUAACAACUCUAUACUGAGGGUCGUGUGCUGAGGUCAAGACCUCCUGAAGUUUAUGGUAAUCUCCUAUGCUGUCCAAUGAUUGACUUCCUUUUUGUCCAUCAUCAUGUCUGAAAUGAUUCCUCCGACUGGAAUAUCAUCAGCAAAUUUUGUUAUCAGGCUUUUCUCAUCUGUGAUUGCACAGGACUGUGUGGUCAGCAGUGGAUCGAGUCCACACUCUUGAAUGAAUCUGAUGCUAAGUGAGGUGGAGUUGGGGACACUCUAAUCAAUGUGUAGCAUCUGUGGAGUCUCAUUCAUAAAGUUCAGAAUCCACAGGCAUGUGGCAGUGUUCAGAAAGACUAGGAGAACUCUCACAGAGUAUUGUAUUAAAUGCUGAGAUGAAAUGACUAUUCCAGAUUCUGUAGUAGCUGUCUUUAUUCUCCUAACGAGUCCGUACUUUGUAUUAGGAGGCUGGGUGCUUCCUGCUUAGAGUUGUUUGGUUGGUACAGAUGUAUUAAUGUAGAAAGACAUAAGUUUUGCCUUUAGUUGGUAGAAUGGCCAACUUUUUAUAAUAAGAAAUUUUACCAUCGGAGAACAGUGUUUAAUUUCAUCAGCAAAGACAUCUGCAACUCUGUUCACCUGGAACAAUGUUGUUGACUUCCACUGUAUAGUUGCAUUAAAGGGGCAGUAUUAUGUAAAAUCGACUUUUUUGAUGUUUACAUGAUGUUAUAAUGUUAUUCCCUCAUCAAAAACAUACCAGGAAUUUUACCUUGAUUUUUCCAUGCAUGCUUGAGAAAUUCUUGAACCAUUCAGCUCUGUAAAACGCUUGGUGCCCCGAGGCGCAGCUCCUUCUCUUUUCACGGUGUUGAGGAGUUUCCAAGCUUCCGAGUUUCUGCCUCACAGAGAAUCUGUGCCUCCUACACUCAACACCUGGUGGAACUGCACAUCUGUUGAUCUCAUUGCAGGAACUACUUCUCAGUGCAACACUGGUGAAAACAUUG